UUUUCCUCACGGUGUGGUUGUAGAGAUCUCCAGCACAAAGCCCACAGAUCGCAUUCACCAUGUCCGUGUGUUCUCUCCGGACUCAUAUCUGUGUGUUGUGUUUUUAAAGUGGCCUCAGGGGUGGAAAUAAACCUGUCUGGAUGAGUUUGAUGAAGAGACGAUCUAUUUGAUGAAGAGGCGGAGCCGCAUACACGUUUGCACAAACACACGGAGACAAUCGACCAGCUGCCACAUUUAUUAACUUAUUAAAAUGAGACGCUUCAUUCGGCACAACAUACACACACCACGGUGCUAGAUGGUGGUUGUGAAGGCAGUGCGUAAUGCUGAAGGGGCUCGUCCUGAGUCAGAAUGAGUGUCAAAGAUGGCGAUGGGACGACUAGCCAAGAUGGAAAGGCCUACGAACUUCAGAUAUACCCCCGACUCUCUCUGGAGACGGCAUCGUGCUGUACACUCAGAGUCACCAAGGAGGCCACCGCAGCUAGCGUCAUACGGGAUGCGGCAGCGACCCUUGGACUGGACGCCAGCAAGCUCUACGUCCUGGCCGAGGUGAAGGAGUGCGGCGGGGAGGAGUGGGUGCUUGAAUCAACCGACCUUCCGGUGCACAGGGUCCUUCUCUGGCCGAGAAAAGCCCAAGAACAACAUUCUCAGAAAGAGGGAUUUUACUUCCUCCUCCAGGAGCGCAACCACGAUGGCUCCAUCCGCUACGUGCACCUGCCCGCCGUGGGGAACGAACAGGAGUCCAAGCGACUGGUUGCUCGGGGCUUCCUCCCACCCCAGCAGGAGGACUUCGAGGACCUCUGCAACCUUCCGGUCCUCAGUGAGGACAGCAUCUUGGAUAACCUCCGCAUUCGUUUUCAGAAGAAUAAAAUUUAUACAUACGCUGGCAGCAUCCUCAUUGCCAUCAAUCCCUUUAAGUUCUUACCCAUUUACAACCCCAAAUACGUCAAAAUGUACGAGAACCACCAGUUGGGCAAGCUGGAACCUCAUAUUUUCGCCAUUGCUGAUGUAGCCUACUACGCCAUGUUGCGCAAGCAUGUCAACCAGUGUAUCGUUAUCUCAGGAGAGAGCGGAUCAGGCAAAACUCAAAGCACUAACUUCCUCAUUCACUGCUUGACGGCUCUCAGCCAGAAGGGUUAUGCAAGCGGCGUGGAACGAACCAUCUUGGGUGCUGGACCUGUGCUGGAGGCGUUUGGCAACGCAAAGACGGCCCACAACGACAACUCCAGCCGAUUCGGGAAGUUCAUCCAGGUCAAUUACCUGGAGAGCGGCGUGGUGCGCGGGGCUGUGGUUGAGAAGUAUCUGCUGGAGAAGUCCCGUCUGGUGUCCAGAGAGAAGAACGAGAGGGCUGUGGUUGAGAAGUAUCUGCUGGAGAAGUCCCGUCUGGUGUCCAGAGAGAAGAACGAGAGCUCACCAAGACUGCUGCAGAUCAUCAGCCUGCAAAACCUGAAAAACAGAGCCGUGUCGGAAGAGCCGCCUAAAAAUAGACAAAACUUUACGAUAGAAGAUGCAGACGAUCUUCGGCACGACUUCGAGCGACUGCAGCAGGCGAUGGAGAUGGUCGGCUUCCUGCCGACCACCAAGAGACAGAUAUUCUCCGUCCUGUCGGCCAUCUUGUAUCUGGGUAACGUGACGUACAGUCAGAAGGCGUCCGGCAGAGAGGAGGGUCUGGAUGUGGGUCCGCCGGAGGUGCUUUCCACACUCUCAGACCUGCUAAAGGUUAAGGAGGAGCUGUUGGUGGAGGCUCUUACCAAAAGGAAAACGGUGACCGUAAACGACAAGCUGAUUCUGCCCUACAGCCACAGCGAGGCGAUCACCGCUCGAGACUCCAUGGCCAAGUCACUGUACAGCGCCCUGUUCGACUGGAUCGUCCUGCGCAUCAAUCACGCGCUGCUUAAUAAGAGAGACAUGGAGGAGUCCGUUUCGUGUUUAUCUAUUGGUGUGCUUGAUAUCUUCGGCUUCGAAGACUUUGAGACCAACAGCUUUGAACAGUUCUGCAUCAACUACGCCAACGAGCAGCUUCAGUAUUACUUCAACCAGCACAUCUUUAAACUUGAACAGGAGGAGUAUCAGGCCGAGGGCAUCACCUGGCACAACAUCGACUACACCGAUAACGUCGGCUGUAUUCACCUCAUCAGCAAGAAGCCCACUGGACUCCUCUAUUUACUUGAUGAGGAGAGCAACUUUCCUCACGCUACUGAUAAACCCUUGCUGGCCAAGUUCAAACAGCAGCACCAACAGAACCAUUACUUUGUGGCGACUCCAGUGUUGGAGCCGGCCUUCGUCAUCCUCCAUUUUGCUGGGAAGGUCAAAUACCAGAUUAAGGAUUUCCGUGAGAAGAACACGGAUCACAUGCGUCCGGAUAUCGUGGCUCUCUUGCGGAGCAGCGACCGAGCUUACGUCCGGCAGCUGAUCGGGAUGGACCCGGUGGCGAUGUUCCGGUGGGGAAUCUUGCGCGCCACCGUCCGCGCUUUGGCCGCCUUCAACGAGGCCGGCCGCCGCUGGGCAGCCAAGACUGCGGGUGUGGUCAGACCAAACUCCAGAGUUCCUCUAGGAGAGCUACAGAGAUCCAACAUGCCCAUUGAGAGGAUGUACCGCCACGCUCCUAUGCUUGAUUUCUCCUUUGAUCAUUCAGAGGAGCGCCCUCUAGAGGCUUUUGAGGACAUCUUUUCUAGUUAUGAGAGUAAGAAGGAGAUGCAUGUCCAAAUCAUCAACUCCAUUAAGGACUUGCAGUUGGAUGGGGAAGAUCCACGUAAGCUGCUGCAGUCCUGGGGUCGCCUGCGGUUCCCGCGCCACGUCCUCCAGAAAAACAAGAACCCCAAGACCAAGCAACUCAUUCCUAAGAACCUGUUGGACUCUCGUUCGCUGAAGUUUGUAGUGGGCCUCCAUGACCGCACCACCAAGUCUUUACUUCAUCUGCACAAGAAGAAACGUCCUCCCAGCAUCAGUGCCCAGUUUCAAACAUCUCUUAGUAAGCUUCUGGAAACGCUGGGGAAGGCGGAACCAUUUUUCAUCCGAUGCCUCCGUUCUAAUGCUGAGAAGAAGGAAAUGUGUUUUGAUGAAGCACUCGUUGUGCAGCAGCUGCGGUACACAGGCAUGUUGGAAACAGUGCGCAUCAGACGGUCAGGUUAUGGAGCCAAAUACACCUUUCAGGAGUUUACUGAGCAGUUUCGUGUGUUGCUGCCAAAGAAGGCUAAGUCCCUGGAGGACAUAUCAUCUCUAUUGCACAGGCUUGGCUUUGACCACACUACCUACCAGAUUGGGAAAACCAAGGUGUAUCUCAAAGAGCUCGAAAGGCAAAAGCUUCAGGACAUCCUCCACAAGGACGUCGUGCGCAAAAUCAUUUUCUUGCAGCGCUGGUUUAGAGCUAAAAUGCAGAGGAUGGAGUUUAUUAGAAUGAGAGAGGCAGCCAUCUUAAUCCAGCGCUCAUGGCGCAGCUACCGCAAAGAGAAGUUCUACCAAGCAGCGGUUCUGAUCCAGUCAGCAUGGCGAGGUUCCAAACAGAGAGCUGAAUAUCGAAAAACACAAGCAUCCGUCACAAAGAUACAGGCACUUGCAAGAGGGCAUUCGGCUCGCAAACGGUACUACUCCCUAAAGGAAGAGAAGAGGAAAAGAGAGGAAGAGGAAGCUCGGAAAAGAAAAGAGGCAGCUCGACGAGCCAAGGAGGCAGAAGAGGCUGCUAGGCGAGCUAAAGAGGCUGAGGAGGCAGCCAGACGAAUAAGAGAGGAAGAAGAGGCAGCCAGGCGUGCCAGAGAGGAAGAGGAAGCAGCUAGAAGACAGAAAGAGCAAGAAGAAGAGGCAGCUCGGCUUGCUUUAGAGACUGAGCGGAAGGCUGCAGAGCAGCAGGAGAAGACGCCACUACAACAACCAACGGCACCAGGCAAGCAGUCUGACGAUGUGGAGACACUAGUGCUGGAGCGCAAUAAGGCUGCUGUGGAUGUUGAGAUUGAAGGUAAGGGCAGGGCCCAAUUUGAUGUCUCAAAAGACCAAAAUCGUUCUGAGAAGUUUCCUCAAGUGGAGGCUGGUCCUCACCCUGAGGUUAAAGAACACCAGAAGCAAAAGGAAAAUGGAUCUUCUGCACAUCCCAGAGAGGAAGGUACACAUGCUAAACCCACGUCUCCUGAAAUCCCAACCGGACAAAGCCAAAACAGAGCUCCUUCGCUCUCCAAACUUCCAGCAUACAGAAGUCAGGAGAAACGGGAGCUUAGGAGACAACGUGGCCUAGAGCACAACCAGAGAGAAAGUGAACGAGCAGCUUCGGCUGGAAAAGAUGAUACUUCCUUCAAGAGUAAAACUCCAGAGAGUCCAGGAAAAGCAGAUGGCAAGUUGAAGGAACGGUCCGACAGCAAAGAGUUGGAUCAGUACACCUUUGUGGCUUGGAAAGUAGACAAGACGAAGAGGGAUGCCAAAGAUGUCUCACCUGACCUUGUUCGACCUUCCACCUUACCCUUAGAUAUCCCUACUUCAGGACCUGGAAGAAAUGGCUAUACUGACCCGUCCAUUGCUGCUCAACCUGCUCUUGCCAAAGAAGAGGCCAACAGGAAAAAAGAACCAUCAAGAAGCAACACUCAACCAGAAAACCUCAUAGCAGGACCCCGCAGUCUGGAGGACAGGCACAUCAAAAGUCUCCAGAAUCGUGGGAUCUCUAUGUCACUAGACGAUGUGUCCAAAAUAGGUUUGGGCGGUACAUCACAGGGCAAACCUCGUCAAAGACGCAGGCCACGGCUCGCACUUGCACGUAUAUGUUUGCCCAUUAAAAGUGUUGAAAUGGAGGAUGCAGAGUACUGGACUUUUCCUUUGCCCCCCAUGAGUCCAUUCGAGACACAUUCCAGCACUGAGGUUGGUCCUGAUAGAUCGAAGGCCAGCACAUUGAAGGAAAAAGUUCAUGACACUCACAGCCUGCAAGAUGCAUCACCUUUCCAGCCGUUGACCCCAGAGAGGACAACAGGGUUUUUCAGAAAGAUCCUGAAGAAGCGUCCACAUAAAGAAGCUCACACCCCGGAAGAUGGAGACCUGAGCCUAGCUUCCUAUUUGGAUCAAAAAGAAGCCACUUCUCCAUCACACUCGCACAAUUCAAAGCUUCAUGCGAGUCGACCCGCUCGGACACCCAGCAUCAUGAUCAGUCACUCAACAACUCGGGCUUCUGAACAAUGUAACUCAUCACUGAACCGCGUGAUCACCAAUGCGAAUGAGCUACGCCACCUUGAUGAGUUCCUGGGCAAUCAGGUGAACGAUCUACGCUCACGGGGAAAGCAGCUUUCAGGAACAGAGCACAUCUUCAUUACUGCCACUAUGCAGUUUAGAGAAAACAUCAAGGGGAUGUACUCAUUCUCUAAACCACAAAUUGGGUAUAAGGCUUUGAUGAAUAGCUACCACAAAAAAGUGAUCAGUCUAGCAGGAGAAAAGCAGAAAGGUGAGGUACCACUGGUGGUCAAUCUCUUCCAGUCAGUUCUGGAUGGCUUCAUCAGAGCGGAGAUCAAAAAAGAAGAGGCCGAACCAGCCAAGCCACCCAAAAGUCGCAAGAUGAGAAGAAAGAAGGAUAAGAGCUUGGAGAAUCCAUUGGACCAUGUGUUUACACACUACCAAGUCAACAUCAUGCAGUCUUGUGAUCAGUGCACCUCCUACAUCUGGGGUAUGGAGAAGGCCUACAUGUGCAGUUAUUGCAAAAUGGUUUGCCAUAAGAAGUGCAUUUGUAAAAUCGUCAUAGGCUGCUCUAUGUUCUGCUCCAAGAAGUGUGAUGAUGAGCCUGGAUCACAACACUUCGGUGUGCGCGUGUGCCACCUGGUCAACAACAAGACCCCUGUGCCAAUUGUGCUGGAGAUAAUGCUGGAACACGUGGAAAUGAACGGACUGUACACAGAGGGCAUUUACAGGAAGUCCGGCUCAGCCAAUCGCAUGAAGGAGCUACACCAGUUGUUGGAAGCAGGCCCAGAGAAUGUUUGUCUUGAGGAUUACCCCAUCCAUGCCGUCACUGGCCUGGUCAAACAGUGGCUAAGGGAGUUGCCUGAACCUCUCAUGACCUUCACGCACUACAACGACUUCCUCCGUGCAAUAGAACUGCCUGAGAAGCAAGAGCAAUUGCAAGCCAUUUACAAAGUUUUGGAACAGCUUCCAACAGCCAACUUCAACACCUUGGAGAGACUCAUUUUCCAUCUUGUCAGGGUUGCGAAGGAGGAGAAGAGCAAUCGGAUGACGCCAAACUCUCUGGCCAUCGUUUUUGCUCCCUGCAUUCUCCGCUGUCCGGACAGCGCCGACCCGCUCAUGAGCAUGAAAGACGUCGCCAAAACCACCACUUGUGUGGAGAUGCUACUUAACGAACAAAUCCGGAGAUACAAUGAGAGAAUGGAGGAGAUCGAGCAGCUGGAAUACGCUGAGGCACUGGCUGUCAAUCAGCUCAAGCUAAAAAGACAAAACACGUGCUGGCAUUUACCUCUCAGAUUUAUCACUCCUUACAAAGAAGUAGCGGUUCGGGAGAAGCCAGCUUCCGACCUUUGUGCUGUACCUGAGAAUGAGCCCCUGGAUUCAGAUACAGAAGCUGAGCGAAGCCUGGUGGAGCGGAUCAAGUCCAUCAAGCAGGAAAAAGAGGACCUUGCCUGCAGGCUACCUGAACUAGAACAGCCUGGUUCUGACCAGGAGAACCUGGACUCGGAGGCAUCAGUCAGCUCUGAGAGCCUUUUGGACGAGCGAGCGGUCUGUUCGGACACGGAAGGACAAACAAUCGUAGUGCCAAGAUUAUCCAAACCAGCUUGCCUUCCUAAGUCUGUCACCCUGGCCCAUGGAGGCAGCACAUGGGCUGACGGCCCCUCUCUUCCUUCACUGUCUUCUCCCAGGCUUCAGCUCCAGCGUCGCCACCCUAUCAUCCCCAAAACGGUCAAGCUGCCCCCAGGAGUCUUGUGCCACCCGGCUGUACAGUCCCUCCCUGCCCGCAAAGCCCAGUCCCUCACCCUCGUCCAGCGGCGCGAGCAGCCCGGCCGCCGCAAAGACAGCAUCCAGUCCCUCUACAUCACCGCUGGAACAGAGCUCCUCUUCCCGCCCUCACCUACAACCUCAGACACCUCCAGCGCACAGGAGCUCCAAACCUCCUCCCGACGUUUCUCGGACCCGGACAUUGCUUUCGUAAAGGACGAGAUUUGACGUGCAAAGCUGCCUGCUCUCGAAAGAACAAUUCGAUUGGUUGUUGUCAUGGGUGCUGACUGCUUGCCCCGGUCGUAGUGACUGAUAAAGAGAAUUGUCUCACCUAGCACUUUUCCAUACUAAUAAUAUAUUGGAUUUUUAAAGAGACUUUUUUUAAGACUCAGAUUUGUGUUGCAUAUAGGCAUUGACAUGCGUCAAUGCUUGAUUUUUUUUUUUUGGACUUUUCAAGAAAACAGUCUUGCACCUUUUGUGUCUUCAACGAACAGGAAAAAACUAAUUCAACCAUGAGGAGUGAUACCUUGAUGGUGUUUUGUGGAUGGAGUUAUUUGUACAACCAAGGCUUCGUUCAUCUUAAAUUUACUUUUAAGCUGUAGAUCCUCUAUCAAUUCCUGUACAAGAACUCAAUGGACAAGUUUUGACUGUAGGAGGAUGGAUCCAGCACUAGCCACUUUCCUCUCGGACCAGAAUGCCAUAACCGAAUGCAAUUUUCCAGAAUAACUCAGAACUCUCUUUUUUCCAUUUUGAUAAACGAUAUGACACUUUGGAUCUGCGUGGAUGUCUAUUCAGAAUAGGUUUGUGUAGGACUAAAUACAGUUAGUGGCCAAGCCAUUGUGUUUAAUACUAAAGUCAAGAGUUACGAAUGCUGUUGAAUGAAAAGUAUGGAACGAAUGCCAGCUGGAUGUCUAUGAUGUAAAUUACAUUUUGCAUCACGAGGACCGUAUGUGCCUACUAGUAUCGCUGUUUUUGAGUCCUCCGUGACAUCGUUUUUUUGCAUUUAAUGGAGAAAUGAAACUAAUUAUUUUCCUACAAUACAGUUUGUACUGGCC